AUGGCUGCGCGCGUCACGAUGCCGGCGGGUACGUGCUCUCGCCACAAACCUCCAUCUCUUCCUUUCUUGUCUCUUGGCUAUCUACGAGUCUGGGUUAAGGAUAUGGAGGCUAAGGAAGAGGAUGAGUUACCCAAGGCUGUAUCCGAAUUGCGAAUAGACUCUGCCGAACCGGAUCCGUGGCGUUCGGCUGAACCUGCUAUGACGAGCCCUGUUCAUGCUUCAGAUCCUGCUCCCGUACCCCCAGAGCCUACGAGUAGCUUUGAAGAGAAGUCUAGGAUAGAGGACAAUGAGGAAGAGAUGCACCAUGCACUUGCCGAUCCGGACGUCCUGCAGUCAUUCGACCCGCUGGCAGAGGACAAAGCCGCACACGACGCCUGGGCAUCCUCCGAAGGCCACCCACCGCCCGUACCCUCCAAAUCCGAACCCGACACAUUCUCCUCUACUGCCGGCCCCUCUUCCGAACCUCUUCCAGCCUCGACUUCCGAACCGCCACGCAACCCGAACCCAUUCCCCGGUGCAAUAGCCAAUAUCGCACGCCAAUUCACCUUGCCAAGCGUCAACAUCAAGACGCUCGUGGCGGGCACCGGCCGAUCGCGCUCACACUCUCGGCCGGGGUCUAUGGACUUUGCAACUGCCAUUCAGACGCCUACACCCGUCUCUGCUGGGUCUUUCGCUGCGCAACAACAGCAAUCUGAGCGUGCGAGGUCGAAUCUGGUGCCCACAGAUGACCCAGAAACGGAUGCGCGCGGAUCGCCCAAGUUGGCUGGUACUGGUACUGGUCCCGCUCAACCACGCGUACAAGCCAUCUCGCGUGAAGCAUCGGGGUCGAGGCCAGGGAGUAGGGCUAGUAGGGAAGGCGACCCACCCGCAUUCGACUUCCAGAGGUUCUUGGAUCAGAUGAAGCUCAAGAGUGCGGAGCCGAUCGCAAAGUACCUAAGAUCGUUCUUGAAUAACUUCACAAAGAGAACGUUCACGGUCGCGGACCAGAUCAAGCUCAUCAACGACUUCCUCGGCUUCAUAUCGCACAAGAUGCGCGAUGUCGAGCCGUGGAAGAACGCGUCGGACGCCGAGUUCGAGAACGCGAUGGAGGGCAUGGAGAAGCUCGUGAUGAACCGGCUGUACGACUUCAUCUUCACGCCACAAGUUGCACGCGCUGUCCCGCCACGGCCCGUAACAACCGAUGAUCUUGAACGGGACAGAGUGCUCGCUCAACGGAUCGCGUUGUUUGGAUGGAUUGAGCCGAGGCAUCUGGAUGUGCCAGUCGGUGAAGGGAACAAUGGGACGAACGGCUUCUUGAUGUUCGCCCAGUCAGAACUCAUCAAGGUUAACCACUACAAGGCACCUCGGGACAAGUUGAUCUGUAUCUUGAAUACCUGCAAGGUCAUCUUCGGGUUGAUACGACAUCUGGGGACAGCCGAGAGCGCCGAUACAUUCAUCCCCAUACUCAUCUUUGUCGUGCUCAAGGCAAAUCCGGAACACCUGCUAUCGAACGUCGAGUUCAUCAACCGGUUCCGAAAUCCUGCGAAGCUACAAAGUGAAGCAGGAUAUUAUCUAUCCAGUCUGAUGGGCGCGGUAUCGUUCAUCGAGACAAUGGAUCACACAUCGCUCUCCAACAUCACUCAAGAAGAGUUCGAACGCAACGUGGAAGCCGCCAUUCAGGCAUUGCCCAGCUCCAGACCCCAAUCCCCUCCGAUAUCUGCGUCUUCGUCCUCAUCUUCGUCACUCGCCACACCACUGACACCAACCCGCAAACCGAACUUACCUUCACCCAUCUCUGGCCUCCCACCACCGAUAACACCCACACCUCUCCAAACAUCUAACCUCCAACAAGCGCCCGUAACAUCGCCACAUGCGGGCGACGAACCCGCAACGCCUCUCGCUCUACCCGCAAUAGACGCCAAACGCCUUCUACAGCGCACGGGCGACAACUUGAGCAAACCUCUGAACGCGAUUGGAAGGAUAUUCAGCGAAGCACUGGAUAGUGCCGAAGACAUGCUCAGUCAGCAUCUGCCGCCUCCGCCUGGACUGGGUCAGGGGCCCCAGACGCCUGGGCCAUGGGUUGGUGGAACAAGUACGCCACAGCAGGGAUACGUGCAAGGGCAGGGACAAGUGCAGGGUGGGCAGUAUCAGCCGUGGGUACCCCCGCCCGCAGUGCAGACGCCGUACAAGCCUCGCAUCCGGAGAUCACCCGCCAGCUCGCCCGCAGGUUCAUACGUCGAAGAAUCGCCUUCACGCCCUCCGCGCCCAGUACCGCACCAUCAAUCGAACCUCUCCGCGUCCUCCGCUUCAGCAGUCCCGCCUUCUCUUCUCCAACCCUCGACGACUCUCGGGCAGUUCACGCCUCCGUCGCGCUCGUCAACACCGGCGAACGCGGAGUCGGAGUUGGAUAUUGCGGGUAUGCAGGCGGAGAUUGAUAGGGCUCAUGAGAGGGCGGCGGAUGCUGCGAAGGGGACGUUGGCGCAAAUAUUCCCUGGAGUGGAUUCGGAGAUAUUGGGAUGGGUGCUUGAGGCGAACGAAGGGGAUUUGGGGAAGAGUAUCGAGGCGUUACUGGAGAUGAAUGGAGGGCAGUAG